GUGUGGACAAGGCGCGCAAAACCUCUACAUUUUCUUGUCUCAUAUAUAAAAAAAUACUUCUUCAUUUUAAACCUCAGUGUUAGGGAACAAGAAGCGGAGUCAUGUCUAUAUUGAGAAAUUAUUUUAUUCAGUCUUUCCUGCACAUAAGUCGUAAAACUUUAUCGUCAACUACAGUUUUCUUCUCGUGGCAGCCUUUCAAAACUUUGCCAAAACUACACGUGAACUGCUUGAGUUAUUUCAUUACUUCUCAAGAUAUUGAAAGUAAGACGUGUGCGUUUUCGAAAAAGAGAAACAAAUGCACUCUCUGGACUCCUGUUUGCAAGCUUCAACAUUCUGCUUUUACUAAAAGUAGUUUUUACAAACCUUUGAGCAUUAAGCUGACCGCUGUUGCAAGCGAGUUGCACUUCAAACAUGGAUGUAGAAAAUGGAGUAGUUCGUCCUUCAAUAAACGCAGAGGAAGGAGAAAAGGAAGGACGUUCAAAAGAGAAAAUGGUAGUAAAACAGAGCUAUGUGCAAAAAAUAAACCCUUGGUAAAGAAAGAAAAAUUUGACAAUUAUGUACCUAAAGACCAGUUUAAUGCCAAGGAAGAUGACUGUGUUGAUGUGGAGAUAAUAAACCUGCCUCUUGUUGGUGGAGAAAGGUUUUUAACAUAUAAACUGCAUAAAGGUGAAAUAGACAGCAUUAUGUGGGAGUUCCAGGCAGAUGAAAGAAUAAAGGAUGCAGCCAAGAAUGAAGGCCUUAAUGAUCAUCAAUUCAAGAAAGCAACAAAUUUAUUUAGAAAAAGAAUGAGAACACAGUUUAGAAAAUAUGUUGGUCUGCACAGUGUUAUGUGUGCUAUUAAUUCCGAUCAUGCACAUUUGCAUGAUUUAUUUCCAUUCUUCUUGAAACAUGCAAAUGAACUUUAUCCAACACGAAACUGUGACAUAGAAAUAGUGAAAAGAAUCUCUGACCUGCGAGGACCCCAUGAUCUAUUUCCAAAAGCUCGAAAAUUAAAAAGAAAAAUCUUCUACCAUGCCGGUCCUACCAAUAGCGGCAAGACACAUACUGCUCUAGAAAGAUUUAGAGCGUGUAAGUCAGGAGUUUACUGCUCACCUCUUAGAUUGCUUGCAGCUGAAGUAUACAAGAGAACCAACAAUGCUGGUGUUCCAUGUGACAUGCUGACUGGAGAAGAGAGGCUUUGGGCUGUUUCAGCAGAGGAGCCAUCAUCACAUGCUGCUUGUACAGUAGAGAUGACAAGUACAAACAUUCCUUAUGAAUGUGCAGUUAUUGAUGAGAUUCAAAUGAUGAGUGAUCCAAGGCGUGGCUGGGCGUGGACCAGAGCAUUACUAGGACUUGUGAGUGAAGAGAUCCACCUAUGCGGAGAAGACACAGCUAUAGAAUUGAUACAAAGUAUGGCUGACAUCUGUGGUGAUGAACUGGAGGUGCUGAGGUACAAUCGUCUAGGACCUCUUACAGUUUCUUCUAGGCAUCUAGGAGGUAAUCUCACACGUGUCAAGCCAGGUGACUGCGUGGUGGCCUUUUCCCAAAAAGAACUGUUUACUAUUCGUCAACGCAUCGAGAAAGCAACACACAACAAGUGCGCCAUCGUGUAUGGCGGCCUUCCCCCUGCAACCCGUGUAGAGCAAGCAUCGAAGUUCAAUGACCCCGAGAGUGAGCAGAAGAUACUGGUCGCUUCUGACGCAAUAGGAAUGGGGCUAAACUUGAAUAUCAAGCGCAUUGUCUUUAACACUGUGCAAAAAUAUGACGGGUACUCGAUGGAUGAGUUGACCCCUUCUCACGCCAAACAGAUCGCUGGUAGGGCAGGAAGAUAUGGAUCUGAACAUCCAGAGGGAGAAGUAACCACGUUAUAUGGCAGAGAUUUCAGUACGCUGAAAAAACUCUUGAACACACCAUCAGAGAUGGUUCAGGCAGCAGGUCUGGCGCCCACUGUUGAGCAAAUCGAAAUGCUAUCCUACCAAUUACCAGAUGCCGGUCUCUCCCGCCUCUUGGUAAAGAGAAUUUUUACUGCUCUUUUGACGAGUGAAUAGUACUUCUCUGUUGCUUUUCAGUAUUUGUCUGAUCUUAUUGAUGGCGUCCCUUUAACAAUAUCUGAACAGUACGCCAUUAGCCAAGCACCAGUUAACAUCAAUAAAAACCUGUCAUCUGCAAUGGUAGUAGAGUUUGCAGGAUAUAUCAGUAAGCAAAUGGCGCUGUCGAGUAGGACCCUGAAAACCAUGAUCUCCUGGCCACCUACGAUGCCGAAGACACUGAAAAGCCUUCAAGACACCGAGGCAUUACAUGAAGUCUGUGAUGUGUAUCUUUGGCUAAGCUAUCGUUUUCCAGAGACUUUCGUCGAUCAAGAAGAUGUGCGCAACAUGCAGAAGUUUAUCGAAAAUGUUAUUGGUGCAGCUGUGACGUCAAACUUAAAACAGCGACGUGUACCCAGACCUCCACGACAACAAAUGGACGAGACGCCACCAGUCUCUUCGAAAUAAGACCCUUGAUUAAAAACUAAGCCUAGGUGU